AUGCCUCUGCUGCGUCCCAUAUUGCAUCCCACGCCUCUCUUACCUCAUAUACGCCUCCCUUCGCCUCUUAAGCGCAAUGGAAUACCCCAAAGGCUCCUCAAUUCCGGCUCUGCCCCCACAAAUGUGAACGACCUGCGACCAAGCUUCGAAGCUCCUCCACCCCCUCCCCAAAAGAAACCCCGAUCACUAUUUAUAUAUAUAUGGGGUACAACGUUCGUUUUUUUCGGACUAGUAGCCGGUCACGUCGCCCGAUCGUUCGUUGCGCCACCGCCGUUCCCGGACCCAGAGUCGCGAGAAGACCGUUUCAGGCUUGAGGUGCUACGUCGAGACAUCGAUUCACUGGAUAUUGUAAAAGCUCUCAGAGCUGAGGGAUAUCAUCUACAUUCUGAUACGGCAUUGAACGAUUCGGGAGCAGGGAAAAGCGGAUGGAGGGAGCUGGAUUUUCUAGUUAUCUCAGACCCAUCGGGUACGAAGCUUGAGGACGCCUCCCAGACUAUCAGUAAUGAGCAAAUGCUGAAACCGGAACCCACAAGAACAUUGACCCAGAAAACGAUGGCAGGGUCGGGAGGUCUAGGUGUCCAACGAGCAUUCUGGAACCCGGUGACUAGGGAGCUUAUUGCUGUCGUCUUCUUCGGAGGCAGGCUGAGCGGUUGGCCAGGGCUUGCGCAUGGUGGUGCGAUUGCCACUGUGCUUCAAGAUGGGCUAUCCAGAGUAGUAGCAGGACCGGAUGCAAUAUUGGAUUCCGUUCCGUCUCCGUCCUCCCUUAGCUUGACAUACGCGCGUCCCACUCAGGCAAACAACUUCUACGUUCUCCGUGCCUUAUUAUCUUCACCAUCGGACGGGAAAACUCUCCCUCCACACUCAGACCCCGACGCCAGCAAGUCCUGGCUUCCUUGGUCUAAGGAUUUCACCAAGAGACAACCAGUAUCCUCCACAAUUGAGCCGGUCGUUGAGGCCAGCGGUACCAUUGAAAAUAUGGCUGGCCAAGUCUGCGUCAGGGCAAAGGCUUCUUUUCCCGCCUCGGCUGUUCGUGAAUGA